CGACAUACAAUCCUCGCUGGUUCUUGCUUGAAGUUGGUCGUCUGGGACGAUGCCCAUUGCUGCGUCUAGCGCGUCGAUCGCCGCCGCCGCCGCCUACCCAAGGCCUUGUGGAGUGCGCUAAAGCUAUGGCUGAAGAGAGCGCUUGCUACUGCACACGGAGACUGUGACAUGGUCGUGAGCAACUGAGCUCAAAGUUUGGCGUCUGCGACAGCUACAACGGCUACGAAGCGCCAUCACUGAAGGCGCGUCGUAGUGACGAGCGUGUUAUCGAUGAACAAUCGCCUAGCUCAAUAUGCUAGAAUGACGAGCGUCGGUGGCACCAGAGGAGCCAAGUCACCGGGCAGCUAGCACUUUUGCCGCUAAGUACACAGUACUUCCGAGUUGCGAUGCCGUCUCUUCAGUCGCGUCCUCAUUCGAGCCGCAUCCAGGCAGUGCGGUGUGCAAUGUCAAAUUCCCAUUAGCUAUUUGCACUAGCCGUAGGCGUAGCGUUGGUCGUAGGCCCUGGUGUGGUGGCUCGACGCCAGUCUGACGUGGCGCGCGCUUGUUCGCGCGCACCCAGCGCGCGCGAACCUCGAGCACACGAUGCAUACAAAUACCAAGAGUGCCUAUUUUUAUGUGAUUUAGCGUCGUGUCCUAUUCCCCCGAUGGCGACGCCCGAGGAGCAAAAGUUUCAGGUGUACAACCAGGCGCUCCUGCACGCGUCGACGUGCCGCCUGCCCGAGUGCAGCAGCCACGACGGCCGGUGCCACAAGGUGCGCGCGUCCAUCAACCACUUUAGCCAGUGCUACGCCAAGCGGCGCACGACGUCGCGCAUCGACGAGAUCGAAGAGUGCAAGCACUGCGGCAAGAUCUUUGGCCUCCUCUGCUACCACGCCAAGGUGUGCCAAGCCACGGACAAGUGCCAAGUGCACAUGUGCGACUAUUUGCGGCGAAAGAUGGGCCAGCAAGCGGCGGCGGUGCGCGGCCCGGCGCCCGAGGCGUGGCCGAUCGAACGCCGUUUGGCACAGGCCGAGCAGGACCGGGUCCAGAUUCUGGAGCUCCUGCGACACAUUGUGAGGCAAAAGUACGCCAACGGCGAAGAGAUUCAACCCUACUACCAGCAGUUCCUGCACUAACACGCGUUGAAUAUACAACAUGUUCGUGUUCAUAAAUAGGACGCAAUGUACAUCUACG